CCAAAACGGCAUAUCUCGAUUAAGAGCGCAAAAGCUAGCGCGCCGCUUCCACCACAGGAUCUUGUUGUCGCUCAGGAAGGCACCGACUUCUUCAUGGUCUCAUGGCUGCCUCCUUAUCCACCUUAUGGUCCACAUGAUGCCUACAAAAUCCGUUAUCAACUUUUGGGUACGGACAGAUGGGAAGAGAAACAGCAUGGAGUGCACGAUGAGGAACUUCAGUGCCCCUCGGAAAGCCCUCGCUUCUGCUACAAUGUGACCGGGCUCGAACCUGGUAACCAGUACAAAGUGCAGGUUGCUACUCGAAUCGAAGGAGGAAGCUAUGGACCAUGGUCGUCGUUGGUGAUUGCCAACACACUCCAAAUUCUCCCAGACACCCCACGGGCGAUUCAUCUGAUCGAAAAGACGGAUCACUCACUCCACAUCAAAUGGGUGCCACCAAUUGACCCUAAGGGCCACAUUACCCAGUACAAGGUCUCCAUCGCCUCCCUUGAUGAUCCUAACGAAGGACGAAAGUCGUUCCUUGUCGAUCAUCCCACGCUGACUUAUCUCUUCGAUGGCCUGAAACCCGAAACGUCCUACAACGUCUCGAUAGCGGCCGGUUCGAAGAGAGGUUUGGUAGGGAGAUUUGGACCCGUUACUCGACCGAUCCGUUCGCGAUUCCGAUCGUCGUCACCGCUCCAACGAAACUCCGACACCCCGGUCUGGCAAGAAAUCGGCGGAAUCACCCAUCACGAUGCAGUGAAGCGAUCUUAUCUGAAGAAGCUGACCGGCCUAGACGCUGACACUCUCUACUUCGUUCGCAUU